GGCGGGGCCUGAUGCCUAGGGGCGUGGUCUAGCACAGCCGUGAUCCCUGCAGAUCUGGCCUGGGCGGGGCCCGGCGGAGCUGGCCUGGGCGGGGCCCAGUGCUGGCCGAGGGACCUAAUGUCCGAGAGCUGGCCAAAGGCAGUGGCCCGAGCCCAGCAGGGACCGGCGGCGACUAGAUCCCAGGGCCACUCCAGUUCCUCUAGCUCUGAGCCCUGAGAUUGGCCUUGGGUCAGACCGUUUAGGGUUUGGAGCACUGAGCUCGAACCCCCGACGCCGGAGAUUUGGGUUCGAAUUCUGACUCUGUUGCCAACUCGUCCUGCGGCUUUGUCCAGGUGCCCUGCUGUCUCUGGGCCUGUUUCUUCUAUAAAAUUCAAGGCAUGGAUGUGCCCUGUAAAGUGUGGACUGCCAACUCCCCUCACCGAAAUCUACUGGGACAGGGAGUUCUUAUUAAACACGUGGAUACCGGGCUCGGUCCCAGACGCCGGGAGCCGCGGGCAUCUGCAUUUGUAACAAACUACCCUGGGGAUUCCCAUAAGCCCCUUUGAAAAACCGAGGAUUAGAGGGUGUCUGAGGGCCCCUCCCUGAGAUAGCCGCGCCGUGCAGGGAGGAUUCUGUGAGGGGCAUACGCAGACUUUCCUGGGUCGGAGUGCCCAAUCAUAACACCACCCGACCCAACUUCUCUAAACUGAAGGUGCCUCAAGUCUAGCCUAGGGGGAGGGUCGUUUACCAAGAGUCCUGACAACCAAGCCCCAUGUGAGCAGGAAGACAAGGCACUGGGAGAGGAAGCAGCUUGCCCAAGGUCACAACGUCAGUAGAGGGUCGAGCCAGAGUUCAACUCAGGUUCAGGGACUCAAGGUGCAGUGCUCUCCCCAGGUCUCCUCCCUGCGCCUGGGUUUAGGGGCGCGAGUCUGUCCCGCUGGGAGUGGAACCCGGGCUGCCUAGGAGCCUGACUUCUGGCGCGAGAAGAUCCUAGCCACCUACCCUUCCCGCCCGGCUUCGACGCCCGCGCAGGGGCUGACGAGUGGUCCCUUAGGACUGAGACCCGGCUCCUGGCUCCCGGCUUCCGCUGGGGGCGGAGCCAUAUACAAGUGACAGACUAGCGGACCAAUGGAGCGCGGGCCCUAGGCCCGACAGCCAAUCCUGAGAGGGGGUGCGGAGCAGGCAGGGAAGCGGGGCGGUGCGGGUCGCUGGAACGUCGGGGACCCCAGGAGACUGCUCUCCCGGCCCCACCCCCACCUUCGGUCCGGGCCCUGUCCACGCUGGCCUAAGCAGGCAGAGCGGGCGCUCGCAGCUGCGAGCAGUGCGCCGUAGCGAACCCGGCUCGCUGCUCCGAGCGUGCAGGGAGGGAGGACCUCGGGUCGGACCUGCCAUCCCCCCACCAGCCCCAGGCCUCGGGGUUCCCCCCGCCCCGGCCUCCCGCCCGCUGCCACCACCCCCAGCCUUUCCGACUGAGCUCGGCGCCUCGAAUUAAGUAAGUACUGAGAUCGCCGCUUCUGUGCGAGGAUGGAGGAAUCAGAGUGGCGGAAGCGGGGAUGAGGACUGGGGCAGGGAAGACUGAAGGACCUGGAGGAGAACGUACCCGGGGAGGCAGGGGACUCCCUUUAUCCAAGGGGGUGGCAGGGGCCACAGGCUGGAGCACUCCUAAUGUAGGGAGUGAGUGGGCAGACUGACUGACUACGGGCAGCCUCUCGACCAGGGCCCUCUCAGCGUCAGCAUGAACUCCAGGAUCUCAUCUACUAGGGGCUGGUUCAGCAGCCGCCCGCCUACCUCUGACCCUGACCUGGAGCCUGCCACAGACGGGCCAGCCUCUGAGACCACCACCCUCAGCCCAGAAGCCACCAGUUUUAAUGGCACUAGAAUGCCUGACAUGGUUGGUGGCCCAGCUGGCGUAGGCACAAUGCUUCUGUCCUUUGGGAUCAUCACGGUGAUUGGCCUGGCUGUGGCUGUGGUUUUGUACAUCAGGAAGAAGAAGAGGCUGGAGAAGCUGCGCCACCAGCUCAUGCCCAUGUACAACUUUGACCCCACGGAGGAGCAGGACGAGCUAGAACAGGAGCUGCUGGAACAUGGGCGAGACGCUGCCUCCCUGCAGGCCGCUGCCUCUGUGCAGGCCGUGCAGGGCAAGACUACCCUCCCCUCCCAGGGCCCGCUGCAGAGGCCCAGUCGGCUGGUGUUCACUGACGUAGUCAACGCCAUCCACGCGUGAGUGGCCUGGGGACAGGCCUGGAGUUCUGAUGGUGAUGCCCGCCACAGUGCCCACACAGCUGCCCAUUCCCUGAUCGUCAAGACCUACUCAGGACCUGCCCUGCUGAGGCAGGAAAGGGCCAGCCCGGGCCCCAGCUGUUCUCUGCACACCCACCUGCUGACUCUCCAGGCUCUAAGAGUGCCCCCUGGCUGGGCUGGUAUCUCGCCACUGACCUCCCUUGGCCUGACCGCCCUGGUGGAGGGCAGUCCUCAUGCUGGGAAGGUCAAGAGCCACUGCUGGCUUCCUUGUGUCCUGUCCAGGUCCUUCACAUCAAGGUCUGCUCCUCUGAAUGUGGAAGAAAUGGGGGGAACGUAG